UUAACCUUUGACGAAGCCAUUGUGUUGUUGCUGCAAGGCAUCGGGUACAAAAAGAGCUUUUUGGCUUUCAGAUCAACAUUACAUUUUGAAAAUGACAGACAAGAAGUCACUGAAACCAAAAAAGCAAAGAUGGUAUCUUGGUGGCUUUGCUGGCUCAGGUGCUGUGCUUUUCACGCAUCCGUUAGACUUACUCAAGGUUCAUUUGCAAACACAGCAAAAGGCAACAGAAGGUUUGGUAGCUAUGGGUGUAAAAGUGUACAAGAAUGAAGGUUUUCUUGGGCUUUAUAAUGGUGUCAGUGCAUCGAUCUUGAGACAGAUGACAUACACAACAGUGAGAUUUGGUUUUUAUGAAAUCGCAUCCUCUAAAUUGCUUGAGGGAAGAGAUGACCCUCUCCCAUUUUAUCAGAAGUUCGCUAUUGGCUGUGUAUCAGGUUUUAUCGGUGGAAUUUUUGGAAAUCCUGCUGAUAUGGUCAAUGUGCGAAUGCAAAAUGAUAUGAAAAUCGCACCUGAGCUUCGCAGAAACUAUAAGCAUGCAGUUGACGGGCUCUACAGAGUUGCAGCUGAGGAGGGAGUAUCAGCGUGGAUGGCAGGUGUGACCAUGACAGCAACAAGAGGACUACUUAUGACUAUGGGCCAGGUCGCUGUUUAUGACCAAGCCAAGCAAAUGCUGAUGUCAACUGGCUAUUUUGGUGAUACUGUGCCCACCCAUCUAGCCAGCAGUGUAAUUGCGGGAACCAUCGCAACGAUGGUCACACAACCUUUUGAUGUUCUGAAAACGAGGUUGAUGAACGCAGCUCCUGGUCAAUACAAGAGCGUUCUUGCUUGUGUGACCGAAACUGCCAAAGUAGGACCAAUAGGAUUUUACAAGGGGUUUAUUCCUGCAUGGGUGAGGCUUGGCCCGCAGACAAUCUUGACUUGGUUAUUUCUAGAACAGCUUAGAAAAAUGUUUCCAGUAGAAGAAUAGAUAUUUUAGAAACAGUAAUAAAUAAUUACGUUACAACUUUUAUAUAUAAGGGAAUCGAUUUAUAUUUUGUAGCAGUUUGUUGCAUUAGCUGAUGAGCGCUUCCAAACUUAAAAUUUGUCCACUUCCAAAGUAUCUUCUUCCUUUAUUUUAAACAUGUCCCUUUUAGAAUUCAGUUACUGUCUGUGUAAGCAACCUUUCGUUCGAAUUUACUUAUAUCGCCAAGUUUUAGUACAUGCAUUCAGAUGUUGGAUGUGUAGAGAUAGAAAACCUCUUAGGAAAAGUGCCAGCUCUGAUCUUUUUGUAAUUGAUUGUAUGUAGGGAAAUUAACAUGGUAUAUUUCAUUAGGGUUUAUUUUUGGAGGCCCUGUGUGCGUUUGGGCUUCUCUAUGGCAAUUUGUUUUCCAUAUAGCAAGUAAGUAUAGUACCACUCGGUUUAAAUUGUCAAUUAUUUCUCAAGGGUUAAGCUAGGAAAGAUAAACGUAACGUAAAAUUCCCAAGCUUUAGCAACCUGACAGUAUUUCAAACAAAUUUAAUAUGCUUCUUUUGAAUCAUAUCUGGGGAUUAUGUUUUGUGAUGUUUCUGAUGGUUUCCGCAACGAAAAAUAUUUUUUAUGUCCUAACAUUAUG